AUUAGUUAUUAUAUUAAACGUGCUCAUUUUAGUAAUAUCAACUUAAUAUCCUCUUUGAAAAAUACCUUAUAUCACUAUUAAUAUUAAUAACUAAAAUUGCUAGCAAAAUAGAAUAACCUAUAAAUUAACACUAACGUGUAGUUUUAUUUGCAAGUUCAAGUUGCAACAAGUUAUCAAGUGUAACUUUCAUUGUUCCACCUAUUCUACCACAUGUUUUUGUGAUAAAAUCAACUGGUAACUUAAUUAUUUUUAACAGUUAAGGUCCAGUUGAUGUUGAUUUGUGCUGGUGCUCAAGUAAAUAUUUGAUUGAUUUUGUGCUUAUUUCGAUAAUGCUUGCUAUCAGAAGAAGGCGUAUGAAUAGAAUCAAACGUAAAAUGGAUAAAGCGACAAAAACGUUUCGCACAGUGGCCAGGGUGCCUUCCCUGGCUUCGGCGCAAGUUCUGAGGGAGCCGAGCACCGAUGAGGAAGUUGGACCAAUCAGAGACAACCUGCUGGUGUCGUCGUUGUGGAGUCAGAUCUGCCACGAGAGCAACAAGACUAUUUGGUACCGCAUGCAGCAUAUUGUCAAUCCGACAACUCGCCAAGUGUCCAGCCUUAUGCCACAGGAUUGCUCAUCUGAGCUUUCAUCGAAGUUCUCACCGACUGGAAAAUAUCGUGCUGUUCUAAAGGAUGUACCGCCCAGUGCCAACAGCCAAACCAAAAAGCAGUUCAUGGAAAUUUGGGGAAAAUCUAACAGAAUUUCAGCCACUGAUCUAGAGGCUCUUGAUGUUCAUGGAGAUGUCUACUUUGAUGUUGAGUUCAAAAGUUUCGACUGGUCGCCGAAAGAGGAUUCAAUUCUCUACAUAGCAGAAACAAAAAUACCGAAGUCCGAGCCGUUUUACAAACGCUCAGCACAGGACUCUGCGUCCAAAGCUUCAUCUGGAGAUAAGAAACCUAAAAAGGGUGAAGAGUACCUUUACAAGGAGGACUGGGGCGAACAAAUGGUUGGUAAGCAUCGGCCCGCGCUGGCAGUGUUCAACGUCCAAUCAGAGAACGGGCAGAUAGUGAGCAUGCUGGAAGGAAUUCCCGACAACUUCUCACCGGCCCAAGCGCUGUGGGCUCCCGAUGGCUCCAUUGUGGGCAUUGUGUGGGACCACGAGCCAAGGCGACUUGGACUGUACGCUUGUACCAACCGUUCUAGCUAUGUGUUUCAUCUUGCUGAGGGAACUUUCAAGUUAUUAACAAGUGAGGGUCUUUCCGUUCGCUCUCCCAGAUUCUCCCCCGAUGGCAAGUACCUGUUGUGGUUGGAGAGGAAGGUUGGAGGACCGCACAACGGCGCUCAGAGACUCAUCAAGUAUGAGUGGGCUACUGGCAAGUCCGGCGUUGUGUUGGAUAUUAUUGCUGAUAAGUUGGAUGGUGUAGAUCCGCUCAAAUUCCGAGGCAUUUUUUGUAGUGCCAUCCCAACUCGCUCUUGGUCCAAAGAUAAUAGAAGACUGUUGAUGAAUACCAUGGGCCCCACUACAAUCACUUCUUUCGUUAUAAAUAUUGAAAGUGGAAAAGUGACUGUAUUGAACUCUAGUACAGAUUACAGUCUCUCGGUUUUGGACGUUUAUGAUGAUUACGUUUUAUGCGCAAAGAGUAGUCCGAAACACCCAAAAACACUUGUUUUUGCAAAACUCCCUGAAGAAGGCAAUGAAAAGAAUAUCGAUUGGGUCUACCUGACUGAAUAUGAAGUACUUCCUGGAUUGGAAAAACUGGAAUAUGGAGUUCACUACACUCAGGCCUCUUAUGAUGGUGAUAAUGGAUUCAAAGAUCUAAAUGCAAUUUAUUUGAAGCCCGAUGUUAGCGAUGGUUCGACUCUUCCCGUGAUCAUCUGGCCGCAUGGAGGUCCACACGGAAAUUUUGUCAAUGCCUUCAAUAACGAUGCUGCUGUAUUCUCUCUACUAGGUUUUGGUGUGAUAAUGGUUAAUUACCGGGGCUCCACUGGUAUGGGAGAGGAUUGUGUCAACUAUUUGCUGGGAAAAAUUGGAGAUGCGGAUGUCAAGGAUUGCCAGCAGAUUGCUGAGGAGCUUUGCAGCAUGGAAACAUUGAAAUUCGACAGUAAAAGGAAGGUUUUGUUUGGUGGAUCGCAUGGUGGAUUUCUCUCGGCUCAUUUGAUUGGGCAAUAUCCGGAAUCUUUCAGAUGUGCCGUGCUGCUGAACCCCGUGACCGAUGUCAUGUCUAUGUCCUCGGUUACAGAUAUACCGGAUUGGGUUCCUACAAAGCCGCGUGUAUACGCAAUCCUGUUAUCGAUGUGGUAUCUAUGACAUCUAUAACUGAUAUACCUGAUU